CACAGGCAAACAAAAGAAAGUAAAAAGAAAUAAAAAGUAAAAACAUAAAAAAGCUAUAUGCUCAUGUGGGCACAAUCAGAAGCCUAUAAUUGAUGUAGCAUAUUGGAAAAAAUGAUUUCUUUCUCUUUUUUUCGAGCUUGACUUUUCCCUUGACAGUUUUACAUUAAAUGUCUUAUCUUUGAGUCUGUGUUUACCUUGCUGAAAGAGAUCAUUAUGCUAAGAGAAUAUUCUAUUCUGUUGAUAUUAUUUAAGUAACUAUUAAUACAAUUUUAUAAAUAGACAUAAUUAACUCAACACUGGCAACUUUCUUUGAAAUUUUCUCUUUUCCUUCCUGAGCUUAUUGUAAUCUCUGACUGUAACUUGUAAACAUCUGUCUAAAAGUGAUAAAAUAUCCCCCAUUUGGAUCCCAAUCGGCUCAGCAACAGAGACUAUCAUGUUUAAGAGCUGAGCAUCACUGCAGUAAGACAUCCGUUAAUCCAGAGAAGUCUUUUGUGUCAUCUGGAAAUGGAUAUUCAAAAGGUAAAAACACCUUGCAGCCUUACUGCAGGUCCAAACUUAUUACAUCCUUAGCAAGUACCAGUGGAAGGACGAAUCAUCUUCUUGAAUCUUUACAGCGAGGCUCCUACCAGCUGGCUUUUCCUCAGUCUCACAAAGCAACCACACACCUGGAAACCCAGACUUCAGCCCUCCUCUGUCCCAUCUUAUCUGCCCCCAAAGCUGAGUGAGGACUGAACAUAACUGUUUUUUAAAACGUUUUUAUGAAUCCCUUUGAUUAAAGAGUUGGCCAUAUUUUCUGUUGUUACCACAAGCUCUUCUGUUAAUCCAGUGAACAAACAUUUAUGAAACACUUCUUUUAUGGCCACUCACUGUGCUAGACUCAGGGAACACUAUAGUCAUGCUCUUUCCUUCAUGGGAAAGACAGACAGUAAAGAAGGCUCAGCCCCACUGUGGUCCAUGCUAUGAAGAUGACAAAUGUGAUGGCCUGAGUGAGGCAGGUAGGAAUGGAUGGAUCAGGGAUAUCUGAACUGAGAAUUGGAGCAUGAGAAUAAGUCAGAUUUUCCUCGUGCACACAUCUUAUAGCGUUUUCUUUUUAAUAAAAUAUCAAUCUAAUAUCCCACAUAAACAAAAGUGUGUGUCUUUUGUUUUUUCCCCUGAGUAUAAAGGUCAUGAGACCAAAAAGUGAGAAAACCACUAGCACUGUGGCUUAUCCCCAGCCAUGAUUGGUCCAUUUGUGGCUCUGACCUCAGAUGGCGCCAUUGUGAUGGAAUUGCAAAGCACUCCUAUAUAAGGCCCUGUCUGGGCCGAGGAUUUCGUCCGUUAUAGCCCAGGAAGCUGUUUUUGGUGACCUGUGGACUUGGACUCCUUUGCUUGUUGUUGCCAUUGUUUGAUCUUGUUUGUGUUCUUUGAACACCAUGUCUGACUUGGCAACCUCCUCUUCCCACUUUUCCACCCCUCCCGUUCCCCAGGUGCACUUCGUUGGCGAUUAUGUGCUCCUGCGAACAAUAGGGAAGGGAGCGUGGGCCACGGUGAGCUUGGCCCGGCACGUGCCAACUGCCACCGAGGUGGUUAUCAAAACCAUCGAUCGAAAGGGCAGCUCUGAGUUGCCUCAAGAAGCCCAUUGUCUUGAGAGCUUAAACCACCCAAACAUCACUUCACUGUUUGAGGUGAUUGUCACCCAGGACAAGUUUUACCUGGUGAUGGAGUACGUGAGGGGAGGGGACCUCCGAGAACACCUGGAGACCUCCGGCCCCCUGACUGAGCGAGAAGCACGGGCCGCGUUCCGGGAGCUGGUGUCGGCGCUCCAGUACUGCCACCACAGGGGCAUCGCCCACCGGGACCUGAAGCCCGCCAACAUCCUCCUAGAUGCCAACAGGAGCAUCAAACUGGCCGACUUUGGUUUCGGGAAGGAAGCCAAGGGCCAGAAACUGAGCACCUUCUGCGGCACCAUCUAUUACAUGGCCCCCGAGCUCUUGAAGAGACAAGACUACGAUGGCUGCAAAGCUGACGUCUGGAGCUUGGGGGUGACCUUAUACAAGAUGCUGACGGGAAAGGUGCCGUUCCGGGGGGACAACAUUGUACGACAGAGGCAGAAGAUCCUGGCGGGGAAGUUUGAAGAGCCGAACUUCGUGAGCAGGCGGGGCAAAAAUUUGUUAAAUCGCUUACUCACUCUGGACCCCCAAAAGAGGCCGACCAUGGAAGAGGUCAUGGAGGACCGCUGGCUCAACGUGGGCCAGGAGGAUGAGCCGCUGCGGCCCUACAGCGAGCCGCCCCAGGAGGACUUGGACCCCCACGUCACCGCAGUGAUGCUGGGCCUGGGCUUCAAGCAGGACCAGAUCCAGCAGUCCCUGACAAACAGAAGAUUUGACAGAGUGAUGGGGACGUACCGCAUCCUAAAGAUGACACAGCCUAAGAUGCCCGGCCGCACCAUCCGGGUAAGGCCCUACCCCUCCCUUGAGGCCAGGAGCAUUUUAUCCAGCCAGGAGGUCGGUCAGUCAGUUGAUAAAAAGACUGAAGAGCCUUCCUGUUCACUAGGCUGCCCGGGGUCGAAGGUGACCACUCCCCCACCCAACCUGGUGGAAACCAUAUCCACCAGUGCCCCAGCCGACCCCCCUGCGUUCAGGACAGCUACCCCCAGCCCAGUCCUGAAGCGCGGCCCUGGGGGCUCGCCCACCAUGGGCAACAAUAGCCGCAGCAACAGCAGUGUCAGCAGUGGGGGAGCCGCAGGGGGAGCCGCCCAUGAACGCGGCCUCCACACCGGGCAGGCUGAGGAGGAGAGGGAAGACCUAGACUGCCCAGGGUCGAACGCGACCACUCCCCCACCCAGCCUGGAAGCCAUAGCCGCAGCUCCCCCAAUCACCUCCACUGAGUUCAGGACAGCCACCCCCAGCCCAGUCCUGAAGCGCGGCCCUGUGGGCUCCCCCACCAUUCGCAACAGAAGCCACAGGAGCACCAUCAGCAGGGGUAGAGCCCGAGGGGGAGCCGCGCAGGAAAGCGGCCUAGACACUGGGCAGGCUGAGGAGGAGACGGAAGACACAGACUGCCCGGGGUCGAACGCGACCACUCCCCCACCCAGCCUGGAAGCCAUAGCCGCCACUCCCCCAAUCAACUCCACUGAGUUCAGGACAGCCACCCCCAGCCCAGUCUUGAGCACCAUCAGCAGGGGUGGAGCCAAAGGGGGAGCCGCCCCUGAAAGCGGCCUCCACACUGGGCAGGCUGAUGGGGGCAGCCCAGUCUCUCCCUCUGGCCACAGCCAGGGCCGGCCGGGGUGGCUUAGAAGGGCCUUGAGAGUCAUUUUAAAAUGCACAUGCUGUGGGGCACCCCCCAAGAAGAAGGGAUUUAGAAGGACGAAAGGCCAACCCACGUAAUUUUUUAAAAUCUUGAACGGUGAAGGCGGGAGCACAGUUAACUCGAUGGUGCAGGUGAGAGCUCCAGGAAGGCGGGGCACGUGGUCCGGGAGCUAAGCCAGAGGAUGGACAUAACCAGCUCAGGGACAGCGGCGCCAGAAAGAAACGCUGCCAGUUCCAGGAGAGAGCACGUGGUGUAGCCGACAAUGGAGGCGUGCAAACGGCUGAAAAGAUGUGUCCAAGAUCAUCAUGAACUUGGCUCACUAUCCCCGCCAAGGCCCGGCAGAAGGUGCGCUGAAGAACGCUGCCCAGCAGGCUGAGCCAGGGAACUUCUCCGCUGCAGUCCAGGUGGCAGGGCUCCAGGCCUCCCCCGACAAAGUCCGGGAGGCUGCGACCCAGCAGUCCCCCGAUGCUGUUCAAGAGAAGGCAAACCAAUGGUCCCCCGAAGAUGUCCAGGACAAGACGACCCAGCUGUGGCCUGAAACUGUUCAAGAGAAGGUGACUCAGCGGUCCCUUGAUGCUGUUCAAGAGAAGGCGACCCAGGGGCCCCCUGAUGCUGUGUCGGAGGCGGCGAUCCAGCUGUUCCCCAGCACAGUCUAGGAGGCAGCGACCUAGAGCUCCCCCAAUGCUAUCCAGAGCCUGGUUCCCAGGUAAUGAUGGCAUUUCGGAGACCGGAGCGCGAACCAGGCAAGUUUCUAAUGAAAACCCCUCUCUGGAGCCCUAUUCUAGGUCCUGCUUCUGCAGCAGAAGCUGGGGAAAGUAAAGGGUGGUGUGGGUGGUUAAAAAAAAAAGGGUAUUCAAGUUGGGUCUUGGGAAACAUCUUUUCCAGAAAGCCUGCUGAGCUUGGAAGACUGCUUGGCGUCCCCUGGCGGUCAAGAGGAGAGGCUGCCCUCUCUUGAGAGUCCACUUCUCAGCCCCCACUGAAACUUCAGAGACUGGACUUUUUCCUGUGUCCCUUUCCUCCCCUGCUCCUUGGCUCCUACGUUUGUGGGGCUUGUUAUUACAGUAUUUGGUUCUCCCAAAUUUUCUAAUAAACGUGAUGAUCCAGAAAAAAAAA